AUGAUCACUACUACUACCAUCAUCAUGCCAUCCGCCUCGAAUAAUCCGUACUACAACUCGUCUCUCAAUUUCUCGUUUUCGUCGUUACAAGAAGAUGACGGCUGGAAUCCACACGAAAGCCGCAGCAGUUUACUGGACUUUCAGAAUGCCGUAGCGCAAGAAGAAGCCACGCAGACGGAUUGGAAGAACCGUCAACAACGCAUCGCCGAACGAAAUGCGGAAAAACACGCGCAAGAACAACACAACAAGGCAUCGCAGCAAGCGAAAGUCAAACAAAAGGAAGAAGCACUCCAGCAACAACAAAAAGAAGCCGACGCGGCCGAACUGGAAGCCCUCGAUGAUGGCACGGACAUUCCGCCGUGGCAUCGCUCGAGCCACAACAAACCGGCAUGGCUUUUGGAACUCCUGGCCAAAAUGGCCGAAAAGGAAGAAGAAGAUGAAGACGACAUUUACAAACUCUACAAAUUACCGAAACGAUUGCCCAAAAAACAAGAAUUGUCCAAAGUCAAGGAAGCCGCCCAUGUGCACCAGGAAAAACAUCAACAAGCGUUGCAUCCGCAAGUGUUGCCCCCCAAACAGGAAGCACUGGUGGUACGGGAUUCCAUCAAAUCGCACGUUAUUGAGUAUAUUAUUGAAGAAGAAAUUAUUAUUGAUGAAGAAGAAGAGGAAGUUGUAGAAGAGGAAGAGCUCAUUGUGGAGGACGAAGAAGAAGAAGAAGUCAUUGAGGAGGAGGAGGAACUAGAAGAAGAAGAAAUUCUAGAAGACGACGAUUCAAUCCACUUGCUAGAAGAAGAGGAAGAAGAAAUGGAAGAAAUUCUUGUCGAAGACAGCGACGACGAGACUUUGAUGGAAGAAGAAGUCGUGGAGGACGAGGAGUACUACGACAGUGACAUGGAAGAAGAGGAAAUCAUUGACGAUGAUGAGGAAAAGCCUGAUGCCGUCUCACGCAGCGCCAGCAUCAGUACCGCCGCCAGCACGACCAUUACAACACAGGAACAACUCUCCCCCGUCACGACUGGCGAAAUAACAACAUCGCGACAACCCAAGAAACUGGCCUAUCUCAGUCUCUCUCCUCGGGUACCACAAUCGUCACAAACCAGCACCAAAAAAGGAUACGUCCCUCGAAAGCAGCCCGUAAUUGGUACCAUUAUUACCGCCGACAAACCGCCCUUUGAAGCUCCUUGGAAAAAGACCAAUCUCAAGAAAACUUCCCGUCCCGCUAACAACGAAAAGAAGACGUCGGACACCACCGCCACGAACGAUUCGCAGCCAGUAUCGCCGUGGAAAAACAAACUCAAAAAGAAGAAAUCUACUACGAAAAAAGAACAACCAAAGAUCGAACCAGAGCAGUUGCAAACGUCCAAAGUACAGGCUCUCAUCAAGAGCAAACCUGCCAUCAAGCAACCGUCCUUCCGAGUAUCCAAGAAAGAACUUGAAUCGUCCACACCGCAGAAAAAGCUCAAGAAGAAGACAGCAAUCAAAGAGCCAUCGUUCAAAGUCUCCAAAAAGGAACUGGAAACCUCCACACCGCAGAAAAAACUCAAGAAGAAGACAGCGAUCAAGGAACCAUCGUUCAAAGUCACCAAGAAGGAACUGGAAUCUUCCACACCACAGAAAAAGCUCAAGAGUAAAGCCAGCAUCAAACGGCCCUCCUUCUCUGUCACAAAGAAAGAAUUGGAUUCCUCAAAACCACAGGAGAAACUCAAGAGCAAGACUAUCAUCCGAAAACCAUCUUUCACCGUCUCCAAAAAGGAACUGGAAACAUCCACACCGCAGAAAAAACUCAAGAGCAAGUCUGCGCUUAAAUCACCAUCGUUCAAAGUUACCAAGAAAGAACUGGAAUCGUCCAAGCCUCAAGAAAAACUCAAGAACAAGCCAAUCAUAAGAAAACCAUCCUUCUCUGUCACCAAAAAGGAGCUCGAAACAUCCAAGCCACAAGAAAAGCUCAAAAACAGACCUGUCAUGAAAGAGCCAUCCUUCCGUGUCUCCAAAAAGGAAUUGCAGGUCAAUGUCGUCCAGGAAAAGUUGUCACAAAAGCCCGACUUGAAGAGUCUCCAGAGUCAAGCACCGCGGGGCACGGAAAUUGAAUCCAUGAAGAAGAGACUUUCCGAGACCAAGCCCGCGUGGGUGCAACAACGCGCGAUGCUACUGCAGCAACGAAAAAGUUCGCGAGACUUUGGCAAUACUGACGACGAAAAGGCCGAGCCAUCCAAUAAUAAUAAUAAGCCGGCAUGGGCGCAACAAGUGUUGCGCCGAACGAGUAUUCGAAAUUUGGAAAAGCAAGAAGACGACGAGAGCGACAACAACAACAACAAGCCACGCAUUUCUGUAGAAGAAUUGAAAUCGUCGCAAGUGCAGGAAAAGCUUGGCCGGAAACUUCCGGUGCGCAAACCUUCCUUUACGGUUUCCAAGGACGAACUGAAGCACAAUGUCGUACAGGACAAACUCGACAAGAAGCUGCCAGUCAAAAGACCUUCCUUUUCGGUUUCAAAGGACGAACUGAAGCACAAUGUUGUACAGGAGAAACACAAGUUGAAACCGGACAUUCGAGGAAUGAAAGCUGCGGUUGGGACCGAGGAUAUGCAACGUUCCAAACGGAACUUGAAGUCCACGCCGCAACCUCGACGACCCAGUGGAGCUACCUUUCGAUCGUCACCUCAAAAUUCCGUCACGGGUACGGACGAUAGGGCGGGAAAACCAUCGUGGAUGCUCCGUGCACAAAAGCUGCAGCAAAGCCUCAGGGACAUUCACGGGAAUGAUGACGCGGGUGAUUCAUCGGAACGGGGGGAUGACGAGCAACCUCGGCAAGCGCCAUGGAAUGUCAAGCUCAAGCCAACAAACGCCGCCCAGAAGUAA